AUGACGGAAGUAAAUACCUCCCGAUUCACGGCCACCGCCGCCAUCACCGCCGCCGCACCCCCGGAUUCGUCCGUCACAUCUGCUAGUCCCGAGCGCUCACAGAACGGCGGAGGCCUCCUCGCUGCCCCCGAUGCAGGUACGCGAGCCUCGUCGGCAGACGAGGAUAGGGACAAGAAUGGUGCGAAAGAUGGACCGAGUGCCACGGUAUCGGGAUCCUCGAGUGUGUCGGGGGGGAACAGUCAUGCGGGAGGAAGUGGAGGAGGUGGUGGUGGUGCUGGUGGGGGACAGACGAUACCGGCGGCGUUCGCGCCACUGUCGGCGAAGAAGGGGCCGCAGAGCUUCUUCUCGGGAAGUAAGAUCAAGCAUCUCAAGAAAGCUGAUGGUAUCCCACUGUGGCGAAACGAUAUCCAGUUCGAGUUCCUUCGCGCGGUGUUCCACAAUAAGGAUCCGGUGUUCACGAAUGCAUAUACCAAGGAGAAGGGACAUUCGUUCGCGGAUAUAUACAUCGAUGCAAUGGCGAGGAGUAGUAAGACGAGCAAGAUCUUGAGAGACAAGUUGCUGUCGGAGAGGGAGAAUGCGCUGAACAUGGCGAUGGUGUGUUUACUGGUCAAUGUCGGCAGGAUGAAUACCACACUUAACUUCUUCCCAGAGAUGAAGGCCCAGCUAAGAACCUACCACGCGAUCCCGUCGCUACAAGCGCAUACCGACAGCAACGCCUACAAGCAGCUCCAAGAUGCGCCGCGUCUCAAGUCGAUCCUGAAAGGAGCAUGCGAGGACCGCCAAGAACCCCAGACGUUGGAACAGAUCAUGAACGCGCCGCUACCAAGAACUAAUCCGAUCAAUCUCGUCUUUGUCCUAUCCACCUACGCGCCGAAGGUGUCGGAAACGCACUUUCCGGAGAACAUGGACUUUUACGAUCUGGUUAUGAGGACGACGCUGUCGUCCAAGAGUAGAGCAAAGGCGUUCCUCUGGUUGAUGUGGUUGUACCUCGAGAGCGAUUUCACGGACCAGGAGUGCCUUGAGAAUCCGUUCGGAAAAGGGAAGUUUGGCAGAGACAAGUCGAAGCCAAUGUGCGUCCCGGAGUUCGAGUACCUGACCGAAGAGCAAGCGCAGAGGGAGAAUGUUGACACUGAAGAGGAGAAAGCGUUUGGAGAGGCCAAGCGUGAGGAGAGAAAGCGUUUGCUCGGUGAGAUACAUAAUGGCCCGGUACCUCAAGGGAGAGGACGUGGAAGGAAGAGCUUGGCUACAGCAGCUUCUCCGGACACACAAUCGCCCAACGUUUCUCCUGGAGGUUCGGCACGAAGAGGUGGUACGCGCUUCCACUACGAGUAUGAAUCGGACACUCGCACCCGCUCCGUCUCGCCAGAAAGCCAGUACACCACGCCCGCUGGCAACAAAUCCGCUCGUCGAAAUAUCAUCAAACUCACCAGCAUCUUCAACGGCGAGAAUGCCAUGUCACCCAUCGAAACACCAAAGAAUAAAGGUGGACGACCCAGAAACGCCGCCAAGCGCACGUACGACGGCGAACUGAAGCCGCUCGCUCAACGCAUCGUUCUCACCAAAGGCGGCCGCCCCCUCGCAACCCCCGAAAACCUGAACGUCGGCCGUCUCCAAUCCAUGGACCGCUCCAGCCCCGUCCAAGUCAGCACCGGCCCCCGCCAACGCAUGACAUCCCACCAGCUUGCGGUGCAACAAAACCGCAAAGACCGCGUCAACCACGUUAUAGACCGCAAGAUGCAGCGUCUGGACGCGCGGAAAAAACGGCAGCGUCUCAAGCAGGGAGCUUUCAUCCGCGCCUGGUCCCGUAUCAAGGAUAUCGAAGACCCACUGCAGAUGUCCGAUGACGACGAACACCCGCUCAAGCAUACCGCCGAAAUCGUCGUCGAUGACGCAAACACUAAUGGCGACGACGACACACAUCCCAGCAAGCGCUCGAAACUCACACACCGCACCACCAUAUACAUGCGUGGCCCGGCCGGCCUCAUACCACGAAAGGACGAAGAGCUCGCCAACGACGUCGACGAUUUCGGCGAAGAGGCUAUGAGCAUCGCCGCCGCCAUCAGGAGGACCAAACGUCGGCUCGAACGCUGGGAGCUUGUUGAUGCCCGCCACGAGGUCGGCGAGGAAGUGUCUGAUGCCGAUGCCGACGCUGACGCUGACGCCGACGCUGAGGGAGACGAGGGGGUGUGGGACGAGGAGGAGGGGGACGCGCCGCCCGAGGUGCCGGUCGAACAGGAAGAGGAGAGCGAUGAGGACGGCGAUGUCGAUAUGGAGUAG